UAUUUUUCAUUUUUUUAUAAUUUAUGACGCUAAUUUGACUAGUUGUAGCUAUUUCAUACAUUAAAUGAGGAAGUUCCUUUUUGCUUUCCGCUACAUUUCUAUUUAGUGUUCACAUAACCUGGUACAUUACUGAGACAUAUAUAUAUACUACUAAACGCACGUUAAGGUGUUCUGAACUUUAGCAGGCAUCUUUGUUAUCAUGGCUUCUUCGUUUAAAAUCGGAGAGAGAUUUCGGGAGAAGGCGAGAGAUUUGCUGGAGGAAGAACCCGCCGUGUCAGAAGAGCUGAAGGACGAACUGAAGGCUCUGACAGAUCAGUCCAUCAUACCAUUCAAGACUGUGAGAAAACUACACAAGCUUCUUCGAGAAAAUGGACAUCCAGUGUAUCUUCAUGAACUGUUUGAGGACAGCACACUUCAUCUUCCAGAAGUUAUCGCACCUCCAAGGAACCCCCAGUUGGUGGCCCGCUUAGAAAAAAUUAAAGCAAAACUUGCCAAUGAAGAAUAUAAGAGAAUAACACGGAAUGUAAAUCCACAGGAAAUGAAUCAUCAUGGAACUUUAGCAGAUUUUGGACGACAAGUGCGUUCCGUGAAGGCAGUUGUUGUUACUGUAUUCAACUUCCUGGUAACUGUAGUUGCAGCAUUUGCCUGUUCAUAUCUGGGCAGCCAGUAUAUCUUCACCGAGACAACAGCGAGAGUAAUAGCUGCAGUGAUUGCAGCAUCUGUUGUUGGUCUUGCUGAGCUUUAUGUUCUGGUCCGGACUAUGGAGGGAGAACUUGGAGAGCCCUGAUACCAACUAAAAUCAUCCAAUAUUGUAAUAUUUAAAAAAAAAAAAUUUGUGUCAUCAUUAAUGUUUUUCACUGUACUGCUUUCUGUUUGCUUUGUUUUUCUCGAUCUAAUAUUCAGUCAAAAGGCUUUUACAAAGGAAUCAUUUACACUAAAAUGCUCAAAAUUAGAAUUAAUCAGACAGUUGUGAAUUAAUCGAAAGAUUAAUUAAUCAAUUAAGUGGUUUUGAAAACCACUUCUUUGAUCUCAAGACACUAGGCGGUACAUUAUGAUCAUGUUGUCUUGUUUAUCUUUGUUCGUAAUUUAUUUGGAUGUCCUCUACAGGAGUGUUAUUCCUUGUUUCACCUAUAACUAUGAAACAUGAUUGUAAAUGGUUUGUGCUUUGAUGUUUAUUAUGAUUGUUACUGACUCACAAGAUGUUGUGUGGAAAAGUGUCUUUUUUUUUUUUUU